CAUUCUGCCGCAUACCCCUUUCAGUCUCGGAGCUGCUCACUUGGAGAAAACACGAGAUCGCGCCCUGAAAGUCUCACAAUGAUGAGGAUAUUGGCUUGUCUCAUUGUAGUGGCAACAUUUUGUCCAACGCAGUCGGCGACACUUCACAGGAAUAAAAGAUGGAACAAUGGCGGGGAUGAAUUUGCUGUUGCCCCUGGUUACAAACCCAUGUCACUGGAUGACCCGAGAAGACUGAAGCAGAUUGAGACCUACUCAGACACAGCUCAGGGUUUGACAGUCGUCAAGGAUCCAUCGGACGGUAUCAAGGCGUGCUUCAUCACCGACCUGGACCCCGAGUUCUUCUUGGACGUAGAGGAGAAACUUGGCAUCGUGAACUCGCCUGACCAUGAGCCGUUCAUCGUCAGCAGCCCGAUGAAAUACCAGGAAUUUGAGAGGAGGGCUGGACCCAUCAUCACCAAACUCUGCAGUCGUCUUCACACGUUCUGGCUCAACGAGCAACUCCCACCACCCCUGGUAAAAGGCCAAGCCCCACCCUCUGCCUUCAGAACGCCACCCCCUCUCAUCAAGACCCCACCCCCACUCCAUCUGGCCAACCACAAUGAAGUUGAGACCGUUCUUGCCCCCGGGGCCCUUGCCCAUGUGAUGAACACUCCUCCCUCACUCCACCGCGAAAUCAAGACCCCACCCCCACUCCAUCUGGCCAACCAUAAUGAAGUUGAGACCGUUCUUGCCCCCGGGGCUCUUGCCCAUGUGAUGAAAACCCCUCCCCCUCUCCCCAAAGCCCUGAAGGUCCCUCCCCCACUCACCCACAACUUUAAAGUCCCCCCUCCCCUGAAGUAGAGAGAGACUUUCUCCUGAUACCUGGUGAAACGUAACAUGCAUUUUUGUGGAGAGAUUUGUUAGGCGCGCUGUAUACGUCGUGUUGUUUAUACGCAGAUAGAGGAUCACAGUACCUGAGUCGGAUAUAUAGAGAGUGGAACUUAUCAAACAAAUGGCCUGAUUUUAUUCCACGCUUUUGUUUCUGCGUGCAUUGGGAGUAUAAUGAUCACUGAUGUCAUGUUAGCGAAUCCACAGACUUGAUUAAAUAAAAGUCUUCUGUCAUA